CCCGUGGAAACUCCAGAUCCAUCAAAUCGCCGUACGUACGUGGCCAGCUUCAUGUGUAGUACAUAGCUGUUUAAUCGAUCUCGACAAAAAACGCGUCGAGUCGGGAAGCUUUGCCAACAGCUUCCAUGGCGGCGCAGGAGAUUGCCCAAUUUUCCAGCCGCCAUGGAAGCCAAGAUUAGCUUGUUGUCGCCUCCGAUGCCACCGUUCCGCUGCUGCACCUGCACCCUGUCGGCACUAGUUUUGCAGUACUGGCAGCUUAUGCACUGUUGCUUAUGGUCAGCACAAACUACAUCCAAAUAGCUGCGAUCCCGGCUAUCAUACUCGUUUUCAUCGGUGUUUUGUGGGGCAAUUUCUGGGCCAAGGGAAGACUUCAGCAUAGAAACAACAGUGGAACUGCUGCUAACUAGGGGAGUGGCAGCGGGCAAGCUUGGAGGAUGCUGCUACCCACGGUACUACUGUCGUACUGUUUGCAGCUAAUCCAGCUCGCCUGUGCACAAGCGACCAACGGACAACAAAGUGACAAUUUCCUCUUCUCUCACUCCCUCCUCUUCUUGAGUUCCGCGCUUGGUGCACUGGCAGUGAUGAUUGCUGCGCUGCCCAUCAGAGCCAAUCAAUGUGUGGCGCAGGGGCAGCAGCUUAUUCACAGGAUCUUCAUUGUGGUUUUUAUGAUAGCAGUGCACAUGAUGGCUACUGAAUGGAUGAUGGUGGAGGUCAUGCCACUGGUUUGCAUGCCGGAGUUUAUUGCAUCACUUGUGUGGCUCACUGGUGAUUUUGAUCACGCCAGAUGUAUGGUGCUCAUCGACAAGGUAACAUCACGCAGAUCAACAGUCACCUUUCUCACUGCAGCAGUGGCUCUGUUAGCGUUCAUGUUUGCAUUUGAGAACGAGAUGGUACUUGCUAGUUACUGGUGCAGAAGAAUCCUGUACUCCUGUACCUUGUCAGGGCUUCUAUCCUGCUUGUGCGUGUGUAUGAUCCUGCAGUGGCGGCCGGAUAUCUCUGCUAAUGUGUCCCUUGACUGGCCGAGCGUUAGUGCGAUCCUUUCCAUAAGGAUCCUCGAGUUCUCGGCACUGAUUUGCUUUGCUAUGUCAGCUGUGCUUCUCUUCAUUGGGUUCCUCUUGAAUUACUCAAUGUUGUAGAUCUAAGUUUGCUAUGUAAGCAUGCAUGGCUACCUUGUAUGGCGGCCUCGGGACAAAGAUCGACCAUAACUCUAGUGUUUGUAAGCAUGCAUGGCUGCCUCGUGACAAAG